AGCCCUCUGUGCCUGCGUUGCUGGGUAGAUAAAACAAAAACAACAGGAAAGCUCCGUGUCAGAGUUUGAGGCUUGGACGCAACAGACGGUAUCAUUUGCACGUUAUUCUGCUGCAAAAUCUCUUUUCUAUUGUAAAAUAUGGCAACUGACUGCGAGGCCUGGCUCAACGCAAACCCCAUUGAGGCAGAUGACCUGAGUGACUCUUUUUUAUCUGGAGAAGAAGACAAUGCAGGGUUGGUUGUCAACAAAAACAUAAAAAAUGAGAUAAAUGGCAACUGGCUGACCUCGUCAAGCAACAGCAUCCACGAAGCACGUCUCAAGGCGAAGGCCAAGCGGAGACUGAGGAAGAACUCCUCCAGGGACUCAGGCCGGGGGGACUCUCUCAGCGAUAAUGGGGAAGUUGUCCGGGGAACCUCUGUGGCCCCCACCAGCCCCAAGAGCAAGCUGCUGGACAGGAGGUCCCGACUGGGCAAGGGCAGAGGCCUGCCAAAGAAAGGAGGGGCCGGAGGGAAAGGUGUUUGGGGCCGAUCUGGGGAAGUUUAUGGACGGGAGGUGGUUGAUCAGAGAGACCCCAACUAUGACGAAGCUCAGGAAAACUGUGUGUAUGAGACUGUGGUUCCCCCGCUGGAGGAGAAGGACUUCCAGAAGACGGUCACCCCUAUAGUGCAAGAGUACUUUGAACAUGGAGACACAAAUGAAGUAGCGGAGCUGCUUGCCGGACUGAACCUGGGUCCCAUGCGGAGCGAGGUUCCUUCGCUGGCUGUGUCGCUGGCCCUGGAGGCCAAGGCCAGCCAGCGGGAGCUCACCUCCACGCUGCUGGCCGACCUGUGUGGGCCGGUGCUGUCCCACAGCGACAUGGAGAACUCCUUCGACAAACUGCUCCAACAGCUGCCUGAUCUGGUGCUGGACACACCCGGAGCACCGCAGUUGGUGGGCCAAUUCAUUGCACGUGCUGUGAGCGACAACAUAUUAUCCAAGAGUUACAUCGAGGGCUUCAAAGGCAGAGUUGACUGUCAAUACACAAGAGCAUCACUCGACCGGGCAGCAGUGCUGCUGAAGAUGAGUAGGGGGGGCCUACGCAUAGACAACCAGUGGGGGGCCGGCGGGGGCCAGAGGCCUGUCAUACAGCUUAUCAAAGAGGUGAACCUGCUGCUGAAGGAGUACAUCCUGUCCGGGGACAGUAAGGAGGCUGAGAGGUGCCUGAGGGAUCUGGAGGUCCCACAUUUCCACCAUGAGUUUGUCUAUGAGGCGAUAGUGUUGGUGUUGGAGUCCAAAGGAGAGAAAACAUUGAGAAUGGUUCUGCAGCUUCUCAAGUCUCUCUCUGCUUCCUCCGUCAUCACUGUGGACCAGAUGAGAAGGGGCUUUCAAAGAGUCUAUAUGGACAUCGCUGAAAUCAACAUUGAUGUCCCUCGCGCAUACUACAUCCUGGAGCAAUUUGUUGAUAAGAGCUUCGUUAUGGGAAUCCUUGAUGUAAAGUUAAGAGAUCUUUGUCCCUGUCGAGGCCGGAAGAGAUUUGUCAGCGAGGGAGAUGGUGGUGUUGUGAAACACGAAAGUUACUGAGGAGCCAUUUCUAUGUGCCGUAUGUCCUGAAAAGCAGAGGAUAGAGCUACCUUUUUUUACUUGCAUAUUUUCCCAAAUAGUUGGGUACGAAUUUUUCCCUUCUAACAGUCAAAAUAAUGUACAUUUCUGAAAUUGAGGUGGGGUGUUUAAAAAACGACUGCACUUUUGAUUGACCCUGAAGUAGAGCACUUUCUUCAAGGUGUUUCAAUGCAAACAUUUACAUAAGCUAACCCUUAAAGUGCCACACCUCGCAGUGUCAGUCAUUCCAUGUUGUUUUGUACAGUAUUUUCUUAAGUUCACUGCCACUCCUUUUGUGUUUUGUAGAAAGCAGUGUUUGUACAAAGAGGACUGGUUUGUGUCAAAAGCUUUAUAAAAGGGUAUUAAAAAAAUAAAGAAAGGGGAGCACGUUGGUAAAAUGCAAUACUGGCUCCCUAUUUAGCUGCUGUUUCUAUGCUGUGUUGGCUUUUUAUUUCUACCCUUUCAAUUACACAAAGAUGUUUUUAAUUGAAGGUAUCAAGACACGAGUACAUUUCAAAAACAAAUAACAGUGAGAUAACUUCACAAAAUUGUGUUUUAGAGUGUUUAUUUUUAUACCUAGGGAAUACUGGGGAGUGAAAUGUACCACGUAUUGCUCCUUGUUUGUUCAUUAAAUCACUAUUCAACAACC